AGCUCGGGUGCGACGAUGUCCAAACGUGCAGCACCAUCGCCGCCAUAUUGGGUGAUUUAUAGUGAUAAGUGGGUUUCGGGCGAAACUGGACCGCCGUCGGUAUCGCAAAUAUCUGGCUACAAUGUGUUCAUCAUAUCCUUCCUUUUAAUUGAAGGGGCAUGGGACCAAGCACAGACGUGGGCGUCACUUACGGCUGAUGAACGUGCGACGUAUAAAUCUCAGUACGUCGCCGCGGGAAUCAAGUUAUUGGUGUCAGCGUUCGGAUCCACGGACGCGCCAACAAGUACUGGCGCCGAUCCUGUAGCCGUUGCGAACUCAAUGGCGGCUUGGGUCAUUGACUAUGACUUAGAUGGAAUCGACAUCGAUUACGAGGAUUUCAAUGCCGUCAACGCAGGCGACGGGAAGGCGGAAACAUGGCUUGCGACAUUUACCAGACAGCUCCGCACAAGCCUUCCGCAGGGACAAUAUAUAAUCACACAUGCCCGUAAGCAGGUUCUGUUCUCUCCUGGAAAAUUCGGUGGUGGAGCGUAUCUUACUGUAGACUCCGAUGUUGGGGACUUGAUUGACUGGUACAACGUGCAGUUCUACAACCAGGGUACAACCGAAUAUACGACAUGUGCCGGUCUGCUCACAGCAUCGUCAAGCACAUGGCCCAAUUCCGCAUUGUUUCAAAUCGCUGCGUCUGGUGUUCCCGAGAACAAGCUGGUGAUAGGAAAGCCCGCCAAUAGCGGAGACGCCAGUUCAGGAUACAUGGACCCCAGUGCGCUAGCUGUAUGCAUUGGGCAAGCUAAAUCUCAGGGAUGGAGUGGGGGCGCUAUGGUUUGGGAGUUUCCUGAUGCCGCGUCUUCGUGGAUCAGCACUGUGCGCUCCGACUCGUGGCCAGUGUAACUCACGUUGCCAUCUACUCCGUCAUGAGUGAUCCAGAUGCACUCACGGGCUAUGCAUUGACUGGGCAGCGGUAAGCCUGCCGGGGGCGCUCAUUAGCAUCCUGUCAAGCCCGACAAAGUUUCCCAGACGGUUAUCAGCAGCAUCGCCUAUCAUCAUUUCGCCUACUUCGGCGGUUGACGCCGGUCUGACGCCCCAGUGUGCAUUCAAUUAUGUCCAUUUAUUCGUUGUGCAUUGUAUCCAGAUUGAUACAAAUCGCGACAUCUAGCCUGAGGUCUUGAGGACAUACAGUAUAUACAAAACAUCCUAUCCCUCCAACAUUCUCUAACCUGUUCGUAGAGGACGCCCCCGUGCGCUUCCUGGUAUUGAGCAGUGUAGGUACAACUUAUAGGCCCGCUCCAAGACCACAAAGUGCAAGUGCAGCACGCAUCGUGUCUUCGUCUUUGCUGUGUUCCUGCGGCUCUAUGACCAUGACAUCGGUGAGGAUCGCCGGCUUCAUCAACUGCGUUGGUUCCGAAAUCGACGCUGACGUGGCCGGUGUAGCAGGGGUGGAUGCUGAUGUUGAGGGCGACCCUCCAGCAAAGCUCAGAUGCGGCGUCGGGAGCUCGUCGAUGUCUGUCUCUGUCUCAUCGCCGCUCGGCUCCGACUGCACAAAGCCACGCAGCGCCUUGCGUUCUGGGUGACUGCUGGCGUUGUCACGACGCCCGUUCAAUCUCGCAGCCGCACACGCCCACUCCAAAGUUGUACGCUUUCGCACCCGCCCAUACUCGACAAAGCCUCUGUGGGCUUCAGGCGUGUGCGGUCCAAUUCGCUGAGGAGAUGAUGUGAUUGGCGACGAAGGCAUCACGUCGUAGAUUUGCGGGGAUGGUUGAGGCUCUGGGUUUGUGCCUGUGGGUCGACCGGUAUGAACGUUCAUUCCCACUCUACGAGAUGAGCUGGAAGCGUUCUCCAAUACAUUCUCCAUAGUAGGCCGGCGUGAUAACGUGGGUCUUCUUGAUUUAGCAAUAGCUCUUGAAGCGUUCUCGCAUGCAUACUCGAGGGCGGAAGGUAGUGAGGAACAUCUUUGGACCGGGAGAGAGGUUCGAAGCCCGCUGUGGCUGCUCAUCGCCUCGAUGUUGAGACUGGUGGACCGUGCAAGAGGCGCAAUGCGACCACGAGCGAGUGACGAAGGAGGAAGUGCCGGAGUAGACAGUGUGCGACACAUUUGGCGCGAUGGAAGGGGACCCGACCUGUAUCCUUUGCCUUGUGAAUGGGAAGAAAACGGUCGUCGGUUUGUACUGGGAAAAUGGGGAGGCGGCGAAUUUUCCGAUGCAUUGGGAAGCGAUGUCGCGGAUCGUCGUUCGGUUUGACGCUUGUUCUGAAACCAUAUAG